UCUUUAUAGACUUAUUAUGCUACUUUCACCUUAUCAAUAUACAACCUACUUUGAUCAGUCAGUAGAACCGAACAAACACUCCAUGCGCAAGUCUGGUGAACUGCUUAUACUACCUGCUACCAGAUGUCCCUGGAAAUUACUAUGGUAUGGAUCGCGAAAAGGGUAGUUACCCCCCGCGUGACCCAAAGAGAAUCCGUUAAUUUUCACAGACAGAAAGGCAUCGAAAGACCGCCACAACCAGUACAUUUUCUCGUUGCACAUACACCUAACCAAAUGCGUGGUCAAGGGGUUGAUGCGGGGGGUAGAACACCCAUACAUACAUAUACACACACGAGUUAGCGCAUCGCGUCCUUCAUCCCUCAAUCGUAGCUUAUCAUAUGCGUUAUAACCUGUGAUAAAGUGCCUCGAACGGAUUUCGCUCAUACCUGAUAAGCUCGAACGCAUAAACUGCAAACGGAGGAAAUUACAACCUAUGCCAGCGGCUGAAAUAUUAAAAGUUGAUUAGGACUAUAACAGAACAAAAAUAUUGUAUGAGGAAAUUUGUAUGAAAAUGGCGGACAAGCAGCUAGAAAAUGUACGUUUGGAGCUGAUCGUCUCCAAUGAAAACGCCCAUAGGAAUGACAAGGAAAUUGUUACAACUAUCAUUGAAACCACAUCAUCUCCAAACGUUGAAAAUGAUACCGAAGCCAUAGCACCUCCAAAUUCUCCAGAUAUCACAGAUGCAGAGAAUUAUGACCCCCAUCAACAUCGGAAUGUACCAAAUCCCACUACAAAUUUUGAAACCUUGGUUCACUUGCUGAAAGGAAGUCUCGGUACGGGAAUUCUAGCGAUGCCAAACGCAUUUUGUAAUAGCGGUCUUCUGGUCGGUGUCAUAGCUACGAUAAUCAUAGGAGUGUUGUGUACCUACUGCUUACACGUACUCAUAAAGGCGCAGUACAAAUUGUGUAAACGGUUAAGAGUUCCUAUAUUGAGCUACCCAUAUAGUAUGAAGUACGCCCUUGAGCAAGGUCCUCGAUUCAUGAGAUGGUUCGCGCCGUAUGCACCAGGAUUCAUAGAUGUGUUUAUGGUAACAUACCAAUUGGGAAUUUGCUGCGUUUAUAUUGUAUUUGUAGCACGAAAUAUACAAGAGGUGACAGAUUACUACUGGAGACCUUUGGAUAUUUCGAUCCAUAUGCUUAUUUUGUUGGUUCCGCUGAUAUUGAUCAACUACAUUAGAAAUCUGAAGUUAUUGGCACCAUUUUCCACGCUAGCGAAUCUUAUUACGCUCGUCGGACUCGGCAUGGUUCUAUCGUACAUGUUUGAUGAUCUACCAUCGAUGAGCGAAAGGGAUAUGUUUGGUACAUUAAGAAACUUUUCCCUCUAUUUUGGAACGACGUUAUUUGCAUUAGAAGCCGUCGGUGUGAUUAUAGCCUUGGAGAACAAUAUGAAGACUCCACAAAAUUUCGGCGGCUAUUUUGGCGUAUUAAAUAUAGGAAUGACUGUGAUCGUUAUUUUAUAUAUAAUCAUUGGAUUUUUUGGCUACGUGAAGUAUGGAUCCGAAGCGAAGGGGAGUGUCACCUUUAAUCUACCACAGGAAGAAAUUAUGUCUCAAAGUAUUAAGAUCAUGUUCGCGAUUGCCAUAUUCAUAACGUAUGCCUUACAAGCUUACGUGCCUGUUGAAAUUAUAUGGAAUACCUAUCUGAACCCUCGAAUAAAGAAUCGCAAAAUUUUAUGGGAGUACGUUUGUCGGACCGGUGUUACAUUGGCGACAUUCGUCUUGGCGAUUGCUAUACCCAGACUCGGCUUAUUCAUUUCCCUCUUCGGCGCACUCUGUCUGUCCGCCCUUGGCAUCGCCUUCCCGGCGAUUAUCGAUAUAUGCGUACUAUGGCCGGAGAAGAACUUCGGUUUUCUCAAAGCCUUGCUAAUCAAGAACAUAUUCCUGAUUGUGUUCGGAUUACUGGGUCUCGUAGUCGGAACCUAUAUCAGUAUUGUAGACAUAGUGAAAUCGUUUCUGUGAAUAAUAUCAAGUACACCCGCGAAAUUUGCCAAGAUAUAGAAAUGCAUGCAAGAUGCGGCUUAUGACUUGAAUAAUUGAAAAUGGUUGUGGACGAUGAUCAAACGUGUGACGAGCAAUUGAGAGGUGCUUUCAAGCUCCAUCACCGCCAUAAGUUUACUUAGAUUUAAACGUUAAAUGAAAGAAGAAGAGAGGAUAGCGUUAUAGUUGAUCGAUAAAGACCGCCGAAAUCUCGACAUCAACCUCCGAUCGUAUCUAAUCUAAUCAGAUGAUUCUGAUCUGUGAUGAAAACUCUUCUAAAGCAUCGACGAUGUAAUCUUCGCGCGUUGUAGAAAGUUUUAUCACCCAUUUUAGAAAGGUGCAU